AUUAAGGUUACAGUAAAGGGUCGCUAUCUCCAAUAAAAAAAUUAUUAUCCGUUCCCUGUUUCAGUUAUGUUUUUCUAAUUUUUCUGUUCUUCUUUUUCAUCUCAAUUUUGUCGAAUUUCUAUUCGAGCUGUGGAUAUCAUCUUCACAGUGCAUGACAUUUUUAGAUGGUGGAAUUUUUCUUCCUUUCUUAUCAAGCCAUUCCAUCCUAAUCAUCUUCAUCAAAGAUACGCCUCUAUUUUUUUUUGCUUGUUAUAUCUUCCAAAAUUGACCGAACUCAUCGAAAAAGAGAUACUUUGAUCUGGGUUUGGCAGAUAUUCUUACUAUUUGAAGAAUAUCUGUCACUGGGUAUUGGAGAUUUUUUAUUCUGAAGCAAACGUUGAAGGAAAACGGGCAAGAUUGUAUAUUUGAGGGAAAAUUUGGAAGGGGUAUUAGAGAUUCUGAUUCAUUAAAAGAACUGGAUAUUUGAGAUUUUUCCUUUUGUUUUCGAUGGGCAUCUGGAAGAUUUUGAUCCUAUGAAGGAUGUUUGAAAGUGGGUAUUGGAGAUUCUGAUUGUUUCUUUGGGAAAAUUGGAAACAGUUGUGUUCGGCCAUUUUGAAUUAGCUUUCGUUGGAUAUAAAUUUUGUCGUACCCUUUUGUAAUAUUUUUCGUUCGGUUUAUCGAUGUUCACGAGAUCUUCAACUAACAUUUGAACAUUCACAUCUAGUUUACCUUUUUCUUAAUGACGUUUGUGAGGCAAUCCUCCUCACGUAGCCAAGAAUAAAUUCUCUCUCACUGAAUUGAUCAUAGGAGUCAUGUCAGUUUCAACCAAUUUUUCUCUUUUGGGAUGUAUAUGACCUCUGGUUGGUUGUCUUUUUGGUACAUAUGAAGAGGACGGAUAUGGCUUCUUUUCUCUUUCUCCAUCAGCCUUUUGAAAAGAAUUCUUGGAAUGUUAUUGGGAAUUCCAAGUAAUCUUUACUUGGAAGGUAGGAGCAGGCGUUUCUUUAGACAAUCAUGAGAUUUCUAAGCAUUAUGGGCAAUUCUUUUGGAUGUUCUGCAUCUGGGGAGCGUUUAGUUUCUGCUGCCAGAGAUGGGGAUCUCCAAGAAGCCAAGGCUUUAUUGGAAUACAAUCCACGUCUUGCAAGAUAUUCGACUUUUGGUGUCCGCAAUUCGCCUCUCCAUUACUCUUCUGCUCAAGGCCACCAUGAGAUAGUUUCUCUCUUACUUGAGUCUGGAGUUGAUAUCAAUCUCAGGAAUUAUCGGGGUCAGACUGCUCUCAUGCAAGCUUGUCAAUAUGGUCAUUGGGAGGUUGUUCAGACUCUGAUUCUUUUCAAAGCCAAUAUUUACAGAGUGGAUUAUCUUAAUGGGGGCACUGCAUUGCAUUUGGCUGCUUUGAAUGGGCAUUCGCGAUGCAUACGCCUACUCCUUGCAGAUUUCAUACCCAGCAUCACUGAUUGUUGGAAUUUAUUGGGAGAAGGACCUGAUAGCAAUGAAUCAAUUUCAGAAUUUGACAAAGAUGCUCUCUAUGAGGUGAUUAAUAAGCCUGCUGAUGGGGGCAUCACCGCUCUACAUAUGGCAGCUUUGAAUGGCCAUGUCGAAACUAUGCAGUUGCUUCUUGACUUGGGAGCUUCUGUUACUGAAACCACUGCGGAAGAUGGGACUACAAUAGAUCUAAUUGGUGCUGGAAGUACACCCCUGCACUAUGCUGCAUGUGGUGGGAAUGCACAAUGCUGUCAGAUUUUGAUUGCCAGGGGAGCGAGUCUGACUGCUGAAAAUGCAAAUGGAUGGACUCCAUUGAUGGUAGCUCGCUCAUGGAAUAGAAACCUUGAGGAAAUUUUUAGUACCCAUUCGGAACAGCAGUUUCAUGUCCUUCCCUCGCCUUAUAUAUGUCUUCCCCUCAUGAGUAUUGUCAAAAUUGCCAGAGAAUGUGGAUGGAGGAACAGUGAUACCUUACCCACAUGCCAGGAUCCAUGUGUCGUUUGUUUGGAAAGAAAGUGCACGGUAGCUGCAGAAGGUUGCGAACACGAGUUCUGCACACAGUGUGCAUUGUAUCUCUGUUCCACGAACAGAACCUCAAGUGCUGCUCAAGGUCCUCCCGGCACCAUUGCAUGUCCUCUCUGCCGGCAUGGGAUAAUUUCAUUUGUUAAGCUCAAAGGAACUAGACCAUUAGUUAAGGAGAUCACAAGAACAACGUUGUCCCUCUCAUUUUGCUCAUGCGCAGGUGAAGUAUCAGAGCCGAUUUCACUAACGACACCAUUAUGCAUGCCCGACCCUCAUUGCACCCGAAUUUCUCCAUUCGGGUCCUCUUUCCGUUCACUGAGUUGCCAGAAAUUCCCAACCAUGAAAAUGAACGGUAGCCUCUGCAUGGGGCCUCCCAAUACUAGCCCGUCUUUAGUUCCUUGCGACGUUGACCGGAACCUCAUUAGCCACCUCGCUAAUAGGUGUUCCAGAUCAAGCUUCAGACGUUCCGUUUCUCACGGUGAAGGCAGAAGAUCAUGGUUCUCUCUACUGAAUCAGUAUGUAACUACAAGUGGUGGGUGCUGAAAACUUUGGAAAUUCAAGUGGUUGGAUUUCAAGGUUUAAGUUUGCUGAUAAUGAUUUGGUUUGUAUAUAUGAAAGACAAGACAACCUCCUAUAGUCCUAUCAGAGUGUCAGCUAAGAAAAAUUCUUUGUGCCUGAGACUUUCCUCUGGUAAUUAAAAACACUUUGAUUGUAUUCAGUUCAUAAUUAUGAUUGCAUUUACUCAUUUUUAAUGGAGUACAUUUUGUAACAAAUGUAAUAAAAUUAGAGCUACAAGAUCA